AUGGAGCCUGUGAGCCCCCUGAAGCCAGCCGAGCCGAGGGACAGGAAGCUCAGCAUACAUGUCGUGACAUGGAAUGUGGCCUCUGCAGCUCCCCCUGUGGACCUUGAUAGUCUCCUUCAGCUGGACAACCAGGGCCCGAACCUGGACAUGUAUGUCAUCGGUUUGCAGGAAAUGAACUGUGGGAUCAUGAGCCUCCUUUCUGACACUGCCUUUGAAGACCCAUGGAGCAGAUUCUUCAUGGAUGUGCUUUCCCCUCUCAGCUUCAUCAAGGUCUCCUCUGUCCGCAUGCAGGGGCUCCUCUUACUGGUCUUCGCCAAGUGUCAGCAUUUGCCCUUCAUCCAGAUCCUCUGUGCUAAAUCCACACCCACUGGCCUCUUCGGGUACUGGGGGAACAAAGGAGGCGUCAACAUCUGCCUGAGGCUUUAUGGCUAUUAUGUCAGCAUCAUCAACUGCCACCUGCCCCCCCACCUGGCCAACAAUGACCAGCGGCUGGAGCACUUUGACUGGAUCCUGGAGAUGCAGAAUUUUGAGGAACCUGAUAUCCCCAACAUCCUGGACCAUGACCUCAUUGUCUGGUUUGGAGACAUGAACUUUCGGAUCGAGGACUUCGGGUUGCACUUUGUUCGGGAAGCCGUAAAGAGUCAGAGCUACAGUGACCUGUGGGAGAAGGACCAGCUCAGCAUCGCCAAGAGAUGCGACACGCUGCUCCGGGAGUUCCAGGAGGGCCCCCUGCUCUUCCCGCCCACCUACAAGUUUGACAAGAACUCCGACAACUAUGACACCAGUGAGAAAAAACGCAAGCCGGCAUGGACUGACCGGAUCCUGUGGAGGUUGAAGCGGCAGCCCCACACGGACUCCUGUACCCCAAGGCUGCCGGCCCCCGACUUCUCCCUGUCUCUGAGGAGCUACGUCAGCCACAUGAUGUACACCAUCAGUGACCAUAAACCCGUCACGGGCACCUUCGACUUGGAGCUGAAGCCGUUGGUAUCUGUCCCACUGAUCACCCUGAAGCCAGAGGGCCUGUGGACCGUGGGGAAUGCUAUGCUUAUCAACUACUCUUUGACCCAGGACUUUCCCAGCAGCCCCUGGGACUGGAUUGGACUGUACAAGGUGGGGCUUCGCCACAUUAAGGACUACGUGUCCUAUGUCUGGGUCAGGGACAACCAGGUCUCCUUCAGCAACGGGUUGAACCAGGUUUAUAUCAACAUGAGCGAUAUUCCCGAGACUGAAGAUCAGUUUCUCCUCUGUUACUAUAGCAACCGUCUGCAUUCCGUGGUGGGGAUAAGCAGUCCGUUCAAGAUCCAAGCCUUCUUGAAGGAGGACCCGCUGGGUGAAGUCCAACCACAGAUCUGA